CGUUUAAUCUGUAUCCAUAUUCGUGUGUCUUUUCAUGUGCAACCUUUAAACAAAGAAAUGAUACUCUAGGGAAUGACAUGUGGUCUGAAAUGGGGAAACAGUAUGCCCAAGGUAAAGGUGUGUAUUGGAAUAGAUAUAUGAAAUAAUCGAACAAUUCUUCUUUUAUCAACAGUAAUAUAUUUCAUACUUCCUUUGGUGCAUCGCAUACCUGAUUUGCCGAUUACGAAGAAAUAAAGAAAAUAGUGAAGGGCAAAACUUAAUGGCUGAUGCCAGUGACAACCAAGCACUCGAGAGUGACGUCAUCCAGUCAAGCAGUAACGCCGUAACUAACCCUCUCAAACCACCAGAGCAAGUGAUCCAAGAUGAGGCUCAAAGUGUACAACAUUACGCGCUAAUAGGCCAAAUGCCAGGCGGUACUAGUACUGAUUAUGAGUCGUUAGAUGACGCUGCGAGAGCAGCGAAGGAGGAAGCGAAUAAGGAAACAAAAACGACAGAGUACAUGGAGCUGCAACUCGUGAAACAGCCUGCAUAUCAAUCAUUACAUCGCGGUGAAGAAAGCCAAGCUGCCGCCCAACACUAUGAAAAAAUACCAGGAAAAUCGAUGCAGAAUCCUUCAAACUCCAAGCUUGUGUCAUCGCUGGUGUUAGAUUUGGGCUUCAUCAUAAUAAAGGGCUGGCUCUAAGCAAGGUAACAACAUUGUAUUAGAGCAUUUUUCGCAUGACUGAAAAGCUCAGCGCCAUAAGCGUGCCGUGCCGUGAUGCUUUUAGAGUUGAUUUUAAUUGUCAGAUUUUUUCCUCACUCAACGUGAUUGGACUGACAGUGUCGUAACAUUUGGCGCCACCGUGUCCGCGCCGUGUUUAUGCCGUGUUACGUAAGGGUAUUAUAUUGGAUGAGGAGUAAAUUGUCGAGCAAUGUGAUUGGUCUGGCGUAUCCCUUGCCGUGUCAUUACCGUGUUCGUGCCGUGAGCUUUUCACAGUCAUGCGAAAACUGCUCUUAACAUAUUGAAUCAAGGGUAGUGGUGUGUGGUAAUGGUUCGAGCCUUGGACUCAGCAGCAUGUUUCAGAGGAGUUCAUAAGGUCUUUUCCUUGAUUUUUUCUCUUGGUGUUGUCCCUCCAAAAUCCAACCCAAAUUCCUGGCCAACCAUCCAAUCUCAACCAAGAUCAAUCCAAGAAGCCAAUCAAACACCACUCAACAAGCCAAAGCAUGAAUAUUCAUGAAAUCCCUCAAUGAUUAACUUACUCACAAGAGUGUUAAGCUAUUCCACAAAAAAAACCUGAAAAAAAAAAAAA